AUGCAUUUAGCUGCUUUGAAACUACCCCAUGAUAUUCCAUCCCCGGCUGGGACACAUCGCGCAAACUCUGCCAAAUCACUGCGAGAUUUGUGUACAGACAUUGCUCGACAUCGUGCACACGCAGCCUCAGAAAGUAACGGGGAAGAGGCCGACUUUGCAUCAGCCUGCUAUCCCACGAACUUUACGAAAGGGUUAGCCCAUAACAACUUUGGUCUGGUUGCUCAAGCUGAGGACUACCGUGUCUUUGUCGAGGCGAUUAAUUCCCCUGCUCCAGGCCUAUUUGAUAGCCAUGUAAAGAGCGCAGAAGAUCGAGAGGUGGCAUUUAAAUGCAGAGUAAAGGGAGCGAAACCAAAGUGGCGGGGCUGGGAAAGUCCGCGCGCUGGGCAUGUCUACGAAUUACAGGGCCCAGAUGCUGGCUCUUUGGGGAUGGCACCCGCACCGCGGGUGGGAUCAUCGGAAUUGUCGGCAGAGAUGGCAGAAGUGUAUGCGAUGGCAUUGCUGCGCGAUGUGCCGUUUAAGGAUAUCUGCGCUGGCAAAAGCAAAGAGAAGUUUUGUGAAAAAGAUGGCGAUGCGGCAUUCUCGGGUACAGAAAUAGCGAACCUGCUCAACUCGAUCGGGCUAAAUCAAUACGAGCGCAACCGUCGAUUUGCACGCACGCAGGAAGAUACCGCACCGUAUGUUGCACCACUAAGUGCGCAAACACUUUUUCGUGGAUCGACACCCGGUGCUCUGGUUGGCCCGUAUAUUUCGCAGUUUAUGUUGAUCGGAGCGCGCUCUAUUGCUGGCGAUGGCAACGGCCAGUCGAACUUUCCCGCAAAGGAAGCAGCGUUUGACUUGAAUGAUGGCUUUAUUCCUUACGGCUCACUGAUCAUCGACCAAAGAACGAUCUCCCAUAAGGGGUGCUUGGAUCACAUGACCAACUGGGCUCAUUGGCUGGAUGUCCAAAAUGGGGCCAACCUAGCGAAAACUGACUGCUGGGAGCCCGAGCGAAGGUUUAUCACAACACCGCGAGAUUUAGCCACUUACGUUCACUUUGAUGCCCUUUAUGAAGCGUAUCUCAAUGCAGCUUUAAUCCUGAUAGCCAUGGAGUCGCCACCCUCGAAAGGAUUUCCUGAACGGAGUCCAUCAGGGCGUCGGACACCCUUUGCGACGUUUGGAGGGCCGCAUAUCUUGUCGCUGGUGACGGAGGUGGCUACCCGGUGCUUAAAGGCAGUGAGGCGUCAGAAGUUCAACUACCACCGUCGUGCUAGACCUGAAGUCAUGGGGGCGCGCCUAACGCUAGCCGAAUAUAUCCGUCAGGCAAUUAUUGAGCACAACGAGUCGCAAAACCGUCCCGAUAUGGUUGAGAUGCGAGCCAAAUGCGGUCUGACUUGCAACGAUCUGCACGCUUUUGAGGGCUACGAUCCCAAGUGCAAUUUGCUGCUGCCUAUGGCUUUCCCAGAAGGCUCGCCCAUGCAUCCAGCCUACGGUGCGGGGCAUGCCACGGUGGCAGGCGGGUGCGUGACGAUCCUAAAGGCCUUCUUUGAGAUGUUCGAAGACUGUGAUGCCGGCAAAGAACGGGAGUUGUGUGAUUCGAAAGGAAUGCCGAUCGCCUUCGUCCCCACCAGCGACGGCACCAAGCUCAUGAAGGACGCCAAGACUAAAGAGCCAUUAACUAUCCAGGGUGAGCUCGACAAACUGGCGGCCAAUAUUUCGAUCGGUCGCAAUAUGGCGGGAGUGCACUAUUACUCUGACUAUUACGAUUCACUACGAAUGGGCGAACGAGUUGCUGUUGGCAUCCUAUUGGAGCAAGCACCGACCUAUGGCGAUCCCGUGGAGAUGACAUUUAGGAGCUUCGACGGCGAUCUUAUUCGGGUAUCGGGCCAAGCUGAGAGUGCGCCAACACUCACCAUUUUGGAUCGGAAUGGCUCACGCGUUUCUGUAGACGACUGGUGGCUACGUCAUGUGGUGGGAGAGGAAGUCAUAUUGUAG